UUGACUAUGUACAAAUCAGCUUACGUUGUUGCACUGCUUGUUGCUGUUUUGGUGCGAUGGCUGGUUUCACUCCAUAAAUAUUCAGGGGCCGAGAAACCUCCAAUGUUUGGUGAUUAUGAAGCUCAGCGACACUGGAUGGAAAUCACCUAUCACCUGCCUCCUCAACAGUGGUAUUUCAAUGGCGUAAACAACAAUUUGUCAUACUGGGGAUUGGAUUAUCCCCCUUUGACUGCUUAUCAUAGCUGGCUUUGUGGUGCAGUUGCCCACAAGAUAAAUCCUUCCUGGGUUGCGUUAAAGGAAUCCCAUGGACAUGAAAGUUAUGCCCACAAACUGUUCAUGAGAUACACAGUUGAGCCAGUGGCAAUCCAUUUUUUUCAGUCCUGUUUAUUUUUUUUUUUCAGUCUUUUGACGACUCUGCUUUGCUUGUUGCCUUCUUCAAUACACCUGCUGUGCGUUCCCAGUGACAGGAACUUCAGAAUAGCUCUAGUCAAUUCUUCUCUGGUGUUCUUUUUAUUUUCAUUUCAUGUCCAUGAGAAAUCCAUUCUUCUUCCAGCUCUAGCAAUAUCCCUACUCAUUCAUGAACAUCCAUUUUGGUGUGUAUGGUUUUACUUCAUUUCAAUAUUCAGCAUGCUGCCACUGUUUAUUAAGGAUGACCUGGUCGUCCCAGCUUUUGCUACCACAGCCUUACAUGCUCUGGUGUGUGGAACAUGCCUCACCUUAAAUUCUGGAAAUAGUGAUCAACCCUGGGAGAGAAUUAAGACUGUGAUGAUGAAGUUAUCCAUGGUUGGGGCCCUGUGUAUGACAGUUGCACACCUGUGUCUGACUCCUCCCCCUAGAUACCCUGAUCUGUUUCCAGUCCUGGUUUCCAUUUAUUCUUGUGCCCAUUUUGUGCUAUUUUUAAUUGUAUUUCAUUGUCUUCAAUUUCAAUUUUCAUCGAACAAGAAUGAAAUAAAGAAAGUACAAUAAAUACCUUGA